GGACAGCGGUAGAUAUGGAAAGAUUGGUUGAGCGGUUGGAGAAGGCUGUGGAGCGCCUGGAGACGGUGUGCCAAGGACCUGGCAUGUGUGGAGAUGGCCCUUCCAAAGGAGUGGCUCAGUACGUGCAGGCUUUUGAUGCCCUUCUGGCUGGCCCAGUAGCUGAGUACAUCAAGAUCAGCAAAGAAGUUGGCGGGGAUGUGCAGAAACAUGCUGAGAUGGUUCAUGUGGGCUUGAUGAGUGAGAGGGCUCUUCUGGUGAUGGCAUCUCAACAUCAGCAGCCAACAGAGAAUGCAUUUUCAUCGCUUCUGAAACCAAUUUCAGAGCAAAUCCAGACGGUGCAGAAUUUCAGGGAGAAGAACCGUGGUAGCAAACUGUUCAAUCACUUAUCAGCAGUCAGCGAGAGCAUCCCAGCCCUGGGCUGGGUGGCCAUGGCUCCAAAGCCUGGUCCUUAUGUGAAGGAAAUGACUGAUGCUGCCAUGUUUUAUACCAACCGGAUCCUCAAGGAGUACAAGGAUGUAGAUAAAAAGCAAGUGGACUGGGUGAAAGCUUAUCUGAGUAUCUGGACAGAACUGCAGGCCUAUAUCAAAGAGUAUCACACCACAGGGCUGACUUGGAGCAAAACAGGUCCCAUAGCAACAGAAGGGGCUAACUCUCCAUCCGCUCCCCCAGCUGGGGCUGCGCCUCCCCCACCAGGCCCUCCUCCCCCACCUGCUCCUGCCCCCACAAGCUCCAGCACAGAUGAUUCUGCCUCCCGCUCCGCGCUCUUCGCCCAGAUCAAUCGGGGAGAAGGCAUCACCUCUGGCUUAAGGCAUGUUUCAGACGACAUGAAGACCCACAAGAAUCCAGCACUGAAGAACCAAGGGGGUCCUGUUAGAAGUGGACCCAAACCUUUCACUGCUCCCAAACCAGCCUGUAAUGCUAAUCCCUCCCAAAAAACCUCUCCAAAGGCACCUGCGUUGCUAGAAUUAGAGGGCAAAAAGUGGAGAGUGGAAAACCAGGAGAAUGCCACUAACCUGGUAAUCAGUGACACAGAGUUGAAGCAGGUAGCAUAUGUUUUCAAGUGCACAAAUAGUACACUCCAAAUCAAAGGCAAGAUCAACUCCAUCACCCUCGAUAACUGUAAGAAGCUAGGGCUGGUGUUCGAUGAUGUGGUGGGCAUCGUAGAGAUCAUAAACAGCAGGGACGUUAAAGUUCAGGUAAUGGGUAAAGUGCCAACGAUUUCCAUCAACAAGACAGACGGUUGCCAUGUGUAUCUGAGCAAGAACUCCCUAGACUGCGAAAUCGUCAGUGCCAAGUCAUCAGAGAUGAAUGUCCUUAUUCCCACAGAGGGUGGUGACUUUACUGAAUUCCCUGUCCCAGAACAGUUCAAGACAGUGUGGAAUGGUCAGAAAUUGGUUACCACUGUGACGGAAAUUGCUGGCUAAGCAGAAAAGCUCCAAGGCUCAUGCCCUCCCCUGGCCCUGCUGUGGGACAAAUCUGCUUUCAGAUGAUUCUCUUAGAUUUCUUGUACCUUUCUGCUCUCAAACUGCUUCUCUUCUACCCGAGAGACACAGCUACCUGCCGUCACUGAAAUACCUCUGGCUGGGGUUUGGUGUAGGUGGCGGGUCAGUUAUCGUCCACAUCUAUUAGCAGGAAGGUGUAAUUUUUUUUUUCCCUCCCCUUGUCCGAUCUAACUGCACCAAUUGAUCAAGUCAGAUUUUUGGUGAACUUCACAGCCGGUACUGGCAGUUGGCUUUCAGAGUGUUGUUCGGGUUUUUUUGUAUUGCCUUUAAGCAAACUGUUCAUGUGAGAGAGGAAUGUUGUCCCCUUUUUAACAAGUAAUGGUUUAUGUCAGGGUCCAGAGUACCCAGUGGCUAUGGCAAAUGUCUCAAGAAGGUCCUGGAAGCUGCUAAUUCCAGCUCU